AUGCCUUUCCGUACCAAAAUCCAGCCUAUGUACGGCAAUGGUGCAUCCGAGGAACUGGCGAUGAGAAAAGAGCCGAAAUCUCGACUGAAGUGGCUAUUUGAGCAUCAGUUCAGUCUGAAGAGCUUCUUCGGUGGAGGAGAUCAAUCGCUUUCAAGAGGCAGUUCGGGAGAAUUCGAACCGAGCUCUGUCUGUUUGAGGAAAAUGGUUCAGAACUACAUGGAGGACCCCGACAGUGAGAAGCAACCACGUUGUGGUGGUCGCAACUGUUUCAGAGGAAGCGGCACUGUUAGCUCGGACGAUGAGGAAGAUGACUCUUCAGGCGGAUUUCUUGGAAACAUUCUUGUUCUUUGUGCUAACAUCUCUGAGAGAGAGAGGAAUCUGGUGACAAAAGCGACCGAGAUAGUGGAGAAGAGCGAUAACGAUUCACGACUGAAAACCGUGGUUGAUGAAUUGGUUGCUUUUGGUUACGAUGCUGCGAUAUGCAUAUCUCGCUGGGAGAAAUCGAAAAAGUCUUUAUGUCCUGCUGGAGAAUAUGAGUAUUUGGAUGUGAUGAUUGGAGGAGAAAGAGUGUUGAUCGACAUUGAUUUUAAGUCCAAAUUCGAGAUUGCUCGUCCGACAAAGACUUAUAAGUCGAUAUCACGGACAUUGCCUUACAUUUUCGUGGGACAAGUGGAUCGGUUAAAGAAGAUUGUGGUUGUUGUGUCUAAAGCUGCAAAGAAAAGCUUCAAGAAGAAAGGGCUUCGUGUUCCCCCGUGGAGGAGAGCAGAGUGUGUGUUAACCAAAUGGCUGUCUCCUCAUGUUCGUCGUGCUGAUCAAAACCAAGGAGAAACCAGUGGAGAUGUUGAGGUUGAAACUUAG